CUUACUCCUAAAAAAAUGACGAUGAAAAUGAAACACGUAAAGAGGAGAAACACAAAGAAGGAGGAGGAGGAGGAGCGAGGAAUGCGCUAUGAAAAUCAUUGAGUAGCGCGCGUGUUGACACGUGUAGCACUUUUCGUGCGUUCUCCGUAUUAACAGUCAUGACUUUGGCUAUUGAGCGCAAAUAUUGAAAUUUCCACUGAAGUCCCAAUCUGCCGUAGCGUAUGCUUUGAGCAAAGGAGCUCCACUAAUGAAUGGGUCUUUGAACCAUAAUGUAUGUUCACUUUCAAAGUCAAGCAGUAAAGUCAUCUGUUGCUCAACCCCAGAAGCUGAGUAAGAUUCCAGCCAGUUUCUUUAGUCUUCCCUAGUCAAUUGUCCAAGUCAACUGCCGUAGUUUAUACACAAAACGGACUAUAUCAAGAAGAUAACAGAUGGUGGGUUAGAUACACCAAACAAGUGAUUAAAACAGAGAACAUCCGUAUUCUUAAGCCGGACAUGUAUGGAAUGGGUGCUGACCACCACGGUUUUCUUGUUUUCUUUAUUCUCCUAUGCUCUUUUGGGCUUCUUCACUCAGAUCCAAAUGAGAACAAAGAAUAUCAAGUGAACUGCCCGGGGUCCAAGGAUUUCGACUGCGGAAAUCUCCGGCUUUCGUACCCUUUCACCAACACUAAUCUCUCAGAAUGUGGCCUGCAGAUAAGUAAUUGUGAUAACCGAGAAGAAUGUCCUGAAGUUUUACUUGGAAACCAAACAUACAAAAUUGAAAGUACAUUUAUGGAGGAUAAUUUAGCUGGUUUAAUUUCCGUCCAAGAGACCGGUGCCGCUGUAAACUUAUGGGAGCUCCGUGGGGACUUGUCUCUUCGGGUUGUAAACCGUGUUGCCUUCUUCAAAUGCAUUGAUGAGCAUCCUCCUCCUCACGAUGACAUAUUCCACUAUAAAAGCUGUCCUCUUAAACAUUAUGAUGUGUAUUUCGGUUCGGAUCAUUUCUUUCCUUCAAAUCAUACAUAUGUUGUUGCCAUGUUCCCUAGCUUGUUAAACGCAUGUUCAGGUGAUACGAGUGCACAGGAGCCCAAUGUCACUCACCGGUGUAUAUCCUUCAAGUCUUUUGCUAUAAUUGAAGUAACAUCUGCACAUCAUGACACAUAUUGGCCAAUGAUUCCAGCAAAGGGAAAGACAGGGGCCUCCAAGGCAGCAAUAAUAAUAGGUUUAUCUACUGGAUUGGCUGCUGUGAUUAUAAUUGCUUCCUGUCAGUUAUGUGCCAUUCUUUUACUGUACAAACGGAGGCACAAUUCUUCAGGCUACGGAGGCAAAUUAAGGAACAUGUAUUCUAGGCCAAACUCAAACACAAACCCAGAAAGUGGAAAUGUCUACUUCGGAAUCCCACUAUUCUCCCACGAAGAGCUCCAACACGCAACUAACAAUUUUGACCAAACUAAAGAACUUGGAGAAGGUGGCUUUGGAACUGUUUACUAUGGAAAGCUUAGAGAUGGACGAGAAGUUGCAGUGAAACGCCUAUUCGAGCGUAACUACAAGCCAGUUGAAUCAUUCAUCAACGAGAUUCAGAUCCUCACACGCUUGCGCCAUAGGAAUCUCGUAUCCCUCUAUGGCUGCACUUCACGUCAUUCUCGUGAGCUACUCCUUGUGUAUGAAUACAUCCCUAAUGGAACUCUCAGUUAUCAUCUCCGCGGUGACACAACAAAGUCAAGCACAUUGACCUGGCCGGUGAGAAUGAAAAUCGCCAUUGAAACUGCUUGUGCAUUGGCUUAUCUCCAUGCUUGCGGUAUCAUUCACCGUGACGUGAAAACCAGCAACAUUCUCCUUGACAACAACUUCGGUGUUAAGGUUGCUGAUUUUGGGCUUUCUAGAUUGUUCCCCAGUGAUGUCACACAUGUCUCCACGGCGCCACGUGGAACCCCUGGUUAUGUUGACCCGGACUACCGUCUGUGCUACCAGCUUACAAACAAGAGUGAUGUGUACAGUUUCGGAGUGGUUCUUGUUGAGUUAAUAUCGUCGCUUCCGGCUGUUGAUAUGAACAGGGAAAGGGAUGAUGUUAAGUUGGCGAAUGUAGCUGUAAGGAAGUUUCAAAAGGGAGCGUUUUGUGAAUUGGUGGAUCCUUCUCUUGGAAUUCAGUCAGACUAUGAUUCAAGAAGGAUGAUAAUUUCGGUGGCCAAAUUGGCUUUUCAGUGUUUGCAGGGAGACAAGGACAUAAUCACUAAAUAUUUUUAA